AUGGAAUCUAAGAAAUUGGCAGUAAUUCAUGAAACUCAGUGUUUAUUGCCAUCUCAAUCACCUGAACAGUCAUUUUUACUACCAAGUCUAGUUAAACCAACAAUUACAAAACCGCCCUCAAAUAAAGGAAAACUUAUGUUAAUUGUUAAUGGGUAUAGUUUCCAAUUAAAAAAUUUCAAUAGAAAUAAAACAGUGAAAUUCUGGCGAUGUACAAACAAAAGUUGUAAUGUUAUUAUGCAUACAAAUCUUGAUGAUGAAUUCAUACAGUUUUCUGCAACAAUUAGUGAUCAUUGCCAUUUACCAGAUCCGGCUGAUUAUGAAGUACGAGAUUUGAAAAGAUCAAUGAAAAAACGAGCUGCAACUGAAUUGGUAUCAGUAAAACAAAUUGCCGAGCAAGAAAUGCGCAAAGCUUUGUUAACCGGUGAAGCUCUUGCUGCUUUACCUGGUACUAAUGCUAUUGGCAUGAUACUACAUCAUCGACGUAAAAGGAUCCCUCCACUUCCAAAGUCAUCUUCGUUUCUUAUUCCAGAUUUAUACACAAGAGAUUACAACAAUAUCGAACGAUUUUUGCUACAUGACAGUGAUGAUUCCAAACUAGAAGUCAAUGAAUUAGGAAGUGUACGAUCACCAGGGAGAAUUUUAGUUUGGGCAUCUGAUAUUCAAUUAAAAUUAUUAUUUAAUAGUGAAAAAUUAUAUAUGGAUGGAACAUUUGCUACGUCUCCGCCGGACUUCGAUCAAGUUUUUAUUAUUCAAUCUAUUUUACAUGGUACAUGUGUGCCGGUGGUCUAUGCACUUCUUCCCGACCGUAAAGCUGCUACAUACAUUCAUUUAUUUAAUAUAUUAUUUGUUGCAGCAAAAACGUUUAAUAAAAGACUUGAACCAUCGCUCAUCAUGACAGAUUUUGAGCCAGGUUUAGAAAAAGUAAUCAGACUCGAAUUCACCGAAAAAACAGUACAAAAAAGAUGCUUUUUUCACUUUACUCAGAGCAUCUAUCGUCAUGUACAAUCACUCGGCUUAUCAUCUGUUUACUUGAAUAAUAUUAUGUUUCGCAGUGUCAUUAGACAAUUGAUGGCACUAGCUCUGGUUCCUGAAGAAUUUGUUCCAUUAUUAUUUUCUAAUCUGGCUCAGGAACUUGACGAUUCAGAACGUGAUGAAUUAUCUGCUAUUUUCAAAUACUUUGCUGACUAUUGGAUGUGCCCAAUGCCAAUGUGGAAUGUUUAUAAGAUUUCUGAUCGAACAAAUAAUUUCUGUGAGGGAUAUAACAAUCGAUUCACAACACGUUUAAAUAAAAAACAUCCGAACAUAUGGAUAUUUAUUAAUGCCAUUCAAAAAGAAAUACAGACUGUUCAUCACCUAAUUUUUCAAAUCAAUUGUGGUAUGAAACCACGUACAAAACGACCCAAGUCUAAAAUUGCUGAUCAACGUAUGAAAGAGUUAUAUGAACGAUUUGACAAGAAGCAAAUUGAUCCACAAGAAUUAUUGAAAGAACUUUCAUUUUUUGUCGCAAGUGGCAAAUAA